AUGUCUGCCGCGCCGGUGCUAUACCAGGAAACACGCCUCUCCCUCGACAGCGCCUCACCGUCCUCGAUCCUCAACAUCAACACAGCAACAAACAGCUUCAGCGCCUCGUUUGGCGCGGGCAGAAAGCGGCCGUUCGACGACAUCAGCGGACUCGACGAAGAGAGCUAUGCGCGCAAGCACCUCGCCAGCGAAGGCUCCGUCUUCUUCCGCCCGAAGAGCAAGGCACCGCGAAGUUUCCUCUGGCGCGUGCUGGACGAGCGUCAAUUGCUGGAAGUCCAAUGCGUGGACCUGGUGCUAGACGCAAACAAGCACGCAAAGGCCGAGUCGUGGCUGACCUUCCACAUUGCGCUGCCUGCGCCCAUCAUACCGGGCGGUGUUGCUUUGGCCGACGCAGAAGAGAAGGAUGCCUUGGAGGUGUUCGUCAUCACCAGUGACAAGGAGCUGUACACCGUCACGCUGAGGCGCGACUUGCUUGUCCGCGAGACUGUGCCGACAGACUUCGAUGCUGCCACGUGCGUCAAGCGGUUUGGGCUCAAUCUGGUCAGCUACCGACGACCCUAUCGUCUGCAGGCAGUCGGCAGUCUGGAAUUGCUGCUUUCACUCAGCGAUGGGAGCAUACUGCGAUUGACGCGGCAGCCGAACGAGAAUGCCGCACAAUGGCGCGAGACGCAGUACAGCGAAGGUGGUUGGAAGGGCACGUUGAAGCGAGGUCUUCCUUUUACCAAGACCCAGACUGUUCGAUACGACAACCACGACCUCAAUGCGGACACAGUUGCGGCAAUGGCUAAGAGUCCGAACGGGAGGUUCAUAUGGACCUUGGGUCUGGACCACAUUCUGAAAGCAUGGGACAUGGAGAGUGGCAAGGUAGCAAUGACGCGGAGUCUUGUUGGAGCAGGAGCAGACGAAGACGAGCACAACAAGAAUAACCGCUACAUCAUGAGCGCUGAACAGGGCACACUCCUACAGAUUGUCUCUGCGCCCGAUGCAGCGAACAGCCAGGCGCUUGCCACCCCCAAUACGGAGGUCCCAUACUACUUGAUUGCCUACUCGCCCAAGGACCACGAGUUCAAGUUCUUUGGUGUUCGAUCCGGACGAGACGGGGAAGGAAUCGAGGAUGUACACCUGGACGAUAUGCACCGAGGCGAAAAGCUCAUACCACCCAUCGACGACUUGAUGAACACUAACAUCUGGCACAUGGAACACUUUGCAUUCAGUCCUGGCGAGAACUUCUCUGGUGCGCAACUUUGGCUUCGAGUCAGGAGUGGAGCUGUUUGUCGGACCUUCAUGCUCAAUUUCGACUUGCUUGAUCAAGAUGGUGCUGCGAUCGACCUCGAGGAUGUCUUUGCGAGUGGCUGGAGUGCGGUCGAUUCUUCGUCACUGACUGUCGACAAGCUGAAGAGUUCUGUCGAUUUCAUCGCAGCCACAGGCAGCCAAGACAUGUCGAGGACACCCAGUGAAAAGUGGCUAAAUUUCCUCUUCUUUCCCGGUCGUUUCAGCCAGGCAUCACUCGAAAGUGCACUAUAUCUUUACUGCAAAGGUCGUAACUUGCCGACAUCCACGUCACGAGGCAUCCGUACCAACGAGCAGCCGCUGAAGGAACGAAUCACUGGCGCUGUGGCCGCGAAGAUUCUGUUGAGACGCCUGCCCUCCAACGACCGGCCAGACUACGAGUCUUACCAGCGCGAUCUGCAGACCCAAUGGGAGACAUUCUACUCUCUGCUCACGCACCUCCACAACCGCCGACACGAGGCCGUUGGUUUUGCUUUCGACUUGGAAGAAUGCCUGCCCUGGGCUAUCUGUGCCGACUUCGUUGCGCCUAUGCGCGCUAACAGCGGUUUCGAGAAUUUGACAUUGAAUGCAGACCUCAUCAUGAGCGGCGAUAUCAAUGAAACACACGAUAAUGUUCGUGGCCGCAUCAUCGAGACUGAUGAAGACAUCGCCAGAAGCCAGUUCCUCGCGCUCGCUCGACGAUGUAGAAGUUGCUUCGCUGCCGCACCCCAGAGCAAGCUACGAAGCAUUGCAAUCGCGAAUGCAAUGGCGCAGACUCCUGAUGAGACUGCGGAAGAAGGUAUGCGAUCCAUCUAUGACCGAUGCAAUUUCCAGGAGGAGAUCGGAGAACUCGAGUACAAUAUUUUAAACGACCUUUCCGAUGAGCUCAAUGGCCUUGGCGGCUUGAAUGACGACCACUUCUUGGCUAUCACCGAACGGAUCGAAGACAAGCCCGCCAACGAUCGUGGCGUGGAUCGCGAACUGCUUGGGCGACUGGGAAGACCCUUCAGUGUUGCAGUGGCUCAGGAAACCUUACAGCGCAGCCAGGCUAUCUUGCUGGACAUGCUCACGUUGCUGGUGUUCCUGCAUUGCGAUCUGCAAGAGGAUGAGUUGAGCGAAGAGUUACGGCCUGCGCAAGUCUACGAGAACCUCAUGAUGCACUUGAGGCAUGUUGAGUUACGCCUCUGGCUGGUCAGCAACAUUCGUAUCGAGAAGAAACAGGCAGGCGGUCGACGUAGCGAGCAACUUACUCUCUACGAGCACAUGUUUGCGCAAGACUGGAGGGCGAAGCCAGAUAGAGAGAAUGUGUCGCAUGGUUUGUCGGAGCUGCUUACCGCGUGGAGCAAGAACUGGAUCUUUGGCAUUAACAUAAGCCACGACUACGAUCGUCUGUGCGGGCACAUACUCGCGGAUCUCGUUGAGCACCACGAUAUUGACCUUGCGUCGGACUUCUUGCAGAUUUCGCCCGACACAGCGUGGAUCUCAUACCUCAAAGGCCGCCUCUAUGUUCUCAAUGGAGAGUACGAGCUUGCUGGCCUCGCCUUCCACGAAGCUGCGAACGAGAUGGCCACGAUGGCACCAGAUGAAAAUAGUCUUCUGACUAUGGAAGAGAAGCCAUUCUUUGCCAAAGGUCUGGCGUCUUACUACCAUCAUGUCUCAUCGCUCUUCGAUAAGCUCAAAGUAUUCGCCUCCACGGCGGAGUUCGCACAGCUGGCUUUGCACGAGUUGCCGCCUGACAAUGAGCUUCAUAGGUCUCUUCGGACCAUUGACAAGAGGAAGAAGAGCGACUUGGACAGCCCAGCUCCUCAGCGGAUCGACGAUGCCAUGGAAGAGCUGCACUUGAUCAGAAACAAGGAGCACAAAGACGAACUUCGCCUUCGCCUGUUCAAUUCCCUCAACUCCAUAGGCCGAUCCCACCACGCCUACAAGAUCCUACUCGAAAUCGACAACUAUCAGUUGCAGAAGUCGAGCUUGAGGACGAUCCUUGAUACAUGCAUCAAGCGGGACGCUGUCUCCACCCUGCUGGAGCUCCCUAUUGCUGGAGAUCUAGCAAAACAAGCCGACACUAUCCUGCUCGAACUUGCUAAGAAAAGCAUGACGUCCGGUCUGCCCUCAGGACCAGCCUAUCACAAGAUCCUGUUCGCCUUCCGUACCCAGAACAACAACUAUCGCGGCGCAGCAGCUAUCCUCUAUGACCACCUUGAGCGACUACGAAAGUCGAGUAAGCUCGCCAUCCAGGAUCCGGACGACGAGACUCUUGUGCAGAUAUAUGUUCUGCUCGUCAAUACUCUCGCAUGCUGCGGGGAGGGCGAGGCAUGGCUGCUUGCGGAUCCUAUACCUCAUGUUCACGAGCCGGAGAGGCAGAGGAAGCUCGUUACGAUUAGUGAUAUCAGGAGAGAGUAUACAGCUGAGUUGGAUCGGAGGAGCGAGAUCAUGCAUGGAAGGUUCCCGUUGAUGGGAGGUGGAGAUGAUAUGGAUUUGUUGUAG